AUGUACAUCCUCAACGAGCAAGAGACGUACCGAGGGAGUGUCGACGUGCAUGCAGAUCGACGACCGGAGUGUGCGUGCGAGAAUGAGUGGACGUCCAACUACCUGCUCAAGAACGAACUGGGCUCUCCGGGGUUCAUCAUGUCGGACUGGGGACCUGGGCAUCCCUUCGCGGUUCCGACGAGCAACUGGAACGCCACCAUGCAGCAACUGGGAGAUCACGGAUCGGGCAAAGACUGUCUUUGUGGGCUCUAA